GACUGGAGCAGACUGAACCUGUGCAGCCAUAGUCUCUGAGAAAGGCAGAAGACCCUUUGAACCAUGGCAAGCCAGGCGUUUUCCCCAGAGGCUGCUUUCCCUCAUGGGAGGCGGAGGGAGAAAUGGGACCCCAGGCUUCUUUCAAGGGCAAGGACUUGAUGGCGAAAAAGAGAGAAUGUCUCCAGGCCUACAGCUGGUGGAGAACACCACAGAAGAAACGGAAGAAAAAGAACAAAAUAAAACCAGGAAGAAUAGAGUUUGUCCCUAGUAGUACUAAUUCAGUCAGACCAGAUUAUUCGAUAUUUGUUGGGGAGCUUACUCCAGAAGUGGAUGAUUUCCAGCUUUAUGACUAUUUCCUGAAAAGGUACCCCUCGUGUAUUGACUGCAAAAUAGCAACAGACCUGCUGGGAUAUUCCAGAGGAUAUGCCUUUGUCAGGUUUGGUGAGCAAGGUGAUCAGAUGAGGGCACUGCAGGACUGCCAGAAUGCACCAGGCCUGGGGGGAAAACGAAUCCGUCUGAGCAUAGGAAUUUCUAAAAGACUGAAAGCAGAAUUCCAGCGGUACCAGUCGUACAACUAUAAUGAUUAUUACCAAGAUUAUCAGAACUACUACUCUUCACAGUGGAAUUAUGAUCCUUACACUGAAUACAACAACUACAGCUCCUAUGCUCCCUAUGAAAGUAUGCAAGCUGUUGGAGACUGUUCUUUAGGAGAUGCUGUUAUGGCUCCAGCUGUUUUUGAGGAAACUUCAGUUAUGACUGAAAUCAACGAUGACCUAAUAACUGAAGAUCCACAGCUUUACUUUGAUGUUGAUGAAAUGAACAGACAAUUUAUGGAGACAAGCGAAGAACUCUAUGAUUCCCUCAUGAAUUGUCACUGGCAGCCUCUGGAUACGGUCACUUCUGACAUCCCCCCUGCUAUUUAAGUGUCUUAUAGCAUGACCGUUAUGAUCAAGGUGCUAAAAUUACAUUUCUUCUACAUUACUCUAGAUCAUAAGUUUUAAAGCACAAUGAUAGGUUGUUUGGUUUUUUUUUUGCUAUGCUUUUCACAGUUUCUGUAUCUUUCUCUUUUUUUUUUUGUUCUUCACUCAGAGCAUCUUGAAAUUGUGUAAAUAUUCUAGAAAUGUAAAGAGUUCAUUGGGGUCUAAAGAUAGACUUGCCUGUGUAAAUAAAAUUUUGUUUCUGCAAACCUGCCAGCAAGGGAUUUUACUUGCAGAUGUGAAGCAUGUUCUCUUCUGGCUUGUGGAAUUCAGCUGGAGGCAGUAGUGUUUUUCAUCAGGACACUGACAAACUAUAUAUACAGAGGGGCAAACUUUCAGCUUCAGUAGCUGCAAAUGUUCCAAAGACUAAGCAUGACCCCUGCUUACUGUUAUUCUUCUCAACUGACACUUGACAGCAGAGAAACUGGUGUAAAAUAAUCCAUGUUCUUAAGCCUAAUAAUCAUAGGAGAAAAAACUUUCUUGUUUAAAGGAGGGG